GAAAAAUGUACUCCUUAAAUAGUACAAACUUAUUAGAUUAAUUUUCCUCUCCUCACCAAUUACUUGGCAGGUCUACUGUUGCCCCCUAUUGACCCGUCUGGGUCCAAGUGUGCGUGUGACGUCAUGCCGCAUGUGAGACAUUGCAGGGUCUUACCCGUACUCCGCUCUGAGGAUACAAGUUAUGAGGCAGUAAGGGACUGGGCACGCGGCUUCCCUCUUCAUUUCUGCAUCUGUCGUUUUCUCCUUCAUCCGUCCUGUAUGGUGGAUAUUAUUUUGAAUUCUUCUUUCUUGGGUGAUAUGGGGGAUCAUUCCAAAAAGAAGCCUGCAAUCGCUAUGUGUGUCGGCUGUGGGAGUCAGAUACAGGACCAGUACAUACUGAGAGUUUCGCCCGACCUGGAGUGGCACGCUGCGUGUUUGAAGUGUGCGGAAUGCAAUCAGUACUUGGAUGAAACGUGCACUUGCUUUGUUCGAGACGGCAAAACAUACUGUAAAAGAGAUUAUGCAAGGUUGUUUGGCAUCAAGUGCGCUAAAUGUAACCUUGGCUUCAGCAGCAGCGAUUUAGUCAUGAGAGCCCGGGACAGCGUGUAUCACAUCGAGUGUUUCAGGUGCUCGGUGUGCAGCAGGCAGCUUCUGCCAGGCGACGAGUUCUCUUUGCGGGAUGAAGAGCUUCUCUGCCGGGCGGAUUAUGGUUUAUUGCUGGAGCGGAGCGCCGCCGGAAGCCCGAUCAGCCCGGAGCACCUUCACUCCAACAGGUCACUUCACAUGGCAGCAGAUCCAGUAUCGGUUAGACAAGCACCCCAUCGAAAUCACGUCCACAAGCAGUCGGAGAAAACCACUCGCGUACGGACGGUGCUGAAUGAAAAGCAGCUCCACACCCUCCGGACGUGCUACAACGCGAACCCGAGACCCGACGCCCUGAUGAAGGAGCAGCUAGUGGAAAUGACGGGCCUGAGUCCGCGAGUCAUACGGGUCUGGUUCCAGAAUAAACGCUGUAAGGACAAGAAGAAGUCCAUUCUGAUGAAGCAGCUCCAGCAGCAGCAGCACUGUGACAAAACCAAUCUGCAAGGCCUCACGGGUACGCCUCUUGUGGCAGGCAGUCCGGUUAGACAUGACAACACGCUUCAAGGUAACCCGGUGGAGGUACAAACCUAUCAGCCUCCUUGGAAAGCCUUAAGUGAAUUUGCCUUGCAAAGUGACUUGGAUCAACCCGCCUUCCAGCAACUGGUGUCUUUUUCAGAAUCGGGCUCCCUGGGCAACUCCUCGGGCAGCGAUGUGACGUCCCUGUCGUCGCAGUUACCGGACACUCCGAAUAGUAUGGUGCCCAGCCCCGUGGAGACGUGAAGCUAACCGAGAUUGUCCCUGGCCAGCAUGCUCCUGAUGCCCUGCAUGACGACAGACCAGCUCCCAGAGAUCUUUUACAGAGGAUUUGUCAUGGAAGAUGCACUGUUAGCGAUCUCCCAUAAGCGAACGCUAUCUUCAAUGAAGACCGCGCAAGUCAUCAUUGUGAGGAUUUGGGUGGAGAAAUAACUCAACAUAAUCGCAUCGCCAGCUGCGUUUGCAACCCCAGAAGACAUCAUGAAGGAUAUACAAACCAGUCUUCCUAACGCUGACUCGGAGCCACUAACUCUAUCCGUGCUGAGCGUUUUUCAUUCAUUGGUGAUCAUUGUGUCUCAUUUCUUACACAUUUUUAUAUAUUUCGCUAUUGAGUCUCCAGAUCCUCGUGUUUGUCUUAACGCGCAUGAUUUCCGAAGGUGAUAUAAAACAUAUUCUUGUUGUAAAAUAUUUUAUCUUAAUGGACGGAGGACAUAUUGUUUGUGCCUCUCGAACAAAAGUAAGUUAUUGUUAUUUAUUGCGAGAACAACCGUUCAUACAGAGAUCAGAAACUGAUGAUAAUAAUAGUAAUAAUAAUUAUUAUUAAUAAUAAACUGAAUUACUGAGAA